AUGAAAUUUCAACCAUUUCGUCGUGAUAUCUAUUUUCAAGAUAGUUGCAAUAUCCAAAACGGAGGUUGUGAUGCAAACGCCGCUUGCUCGCAUGAUGCUAAGACCAAUGCUGUAGUAUGCACCUGUAAAACCGGUUAUACCAACACAGGUAGUGGAUCGAACCUUGUCUGCACAGAUAGCUGCACAGUCAGCAAUGGAGCUUGUGAUCCAAACGCUGCUUGCUCACAUGAUGCUAAGACAAAUGCAGUAGAAUGCACCUGUAAAGCUGGUUACUCCGACACAGGUAGCGAAUCCAAGGUAGUCUGCACAGAUAUUUGCAAUAUCAAAAAUGGAGAUUGUGAUCCAAACGCCGAUUGCACUCAUGGUGAUGCGACAAAUGAAGUAGAAUGCACCUGUAAAGCUGGUUACACCAACACUGGUAGUGGCACAAAGGUUGUGUGCAAAGAUAGUUGCACAAUCCAAAAUGGAGGUUGUGCUGAAAAUUUACGUUGCUUACAUGAUCCUAGGACAAAUGCAGCGGUGUGCACAUGUGAAAUCGGUUACACUAACACAGGUAGUGGAUCGAACGUUGUCUGCACAGAUAUUUGCAAUAUCAAAAAUGGAGGUUGUGAUACAAACGCCCGUUGCACACAUCGGGGUGCGACAAAUGCAGUAGAAUGCACCUGCAAAGUUGGUUAUACCAACACUGGUAGUGGCACACAGGUUGUUUGUAGAGACAGUUGCACAAUCGAUAAUGGAGAUUGUGAUGAGGAUUUACGCUGCUCACAUGAUGCUACGACAAAUGCGGUAAAAUGCAUCUGUAAAACCGGUUAUACCAACACAGGUAGCGGUUCCAACCUUGUCUGCACAGACACCUGCACUGUCAGGAAUGGAGAUUGCGAUGAAAACGCCGCUUGCUCACAUGAUGCGAAGACAAAUGGAGUAGUAUGCAAGUGUAAAACUGGGUACACCAACACAGGUAGCGCAUCAAAUGUUGUUUGCAUAGAUAGUUGCACUCUCAACAAUGGAGGAUGUGAUUCAAAUCUCGCUUGCUCACACCAUGCUAUGACAAAUGCAGUAGAAUGUGUUUGUAAAACGGGUUACACGAACACAGGUACGGCAUCCAAUGUUGUCUGCGCAGACAGUUGCACUGUCAACAAAGGAGAUUGUGAUCGAAACGCCGCUUGCUCACACGAUCCUACGACAAAUGCGGUUGAAUGCUCCUGUAGAACUGGUUAUACCAACAUUGGUAGUGACCAUAGCGUUCACUGUCGAGAUAGUUGCACUGUCAACAAUGGAGAUUGUGAUGCAAAUGCUGCUUGCUCACACGAUGCUGCGACUAAUGCAAUAAGAUGCACCUGCGAAGCUGGCUACACCAACACUGGUAGCAGAGCCAAGGUUGUCUGCACAGACAGGUGCAUUCUCAACAAUAGAGAUGAUGAUCCGAACGCCAUUUGCUCGCGUGAUCCUAGGACAAAUGGAGUAAGAUGCACCUGUAAAGUUGGUUUUGUCAACACUUGUAGCGCGGCCAAGGUUGUCUGCAAAGAUAGUUGCAAGAUCAAUAAUGGAGGUUGUGGUCCAAACGCUGUUUGCUCGCAUGUUGCUAAGACAAAUGCAGUAGCGUGCACGUGUAAAGCUGGUUAUACCAACACUGGUAGCGGUGCCAAGGUUGUCUGCACAGAUAUUUGCACUAUCAAAAAUGGAGGUUGUGUUGGAAACACAGAUUGUUCACAUGAUGGUAGGACAAAUGCAAUAAUAUGCACCUGUAAAGCUGGUUAUACCAACAUUGGUAGCCCUGUGAAGGUUGACUGCAGAGAAAGUUGCAGUGUCAACAAUGGAGAUUGUCACCCGAACGCUGUUUGCUCGCAUGAUGCUAAGACAAAUGUAGUGAAAUGCACCUGUGUACGUGGUUAUACCAACACGGGAUCAGCGUCGGAUGUGAUAUGCACAGGUACGGUUUGUGUCUCGUAG